GGAUACAUUUUAGGAUGGACAGAUUGUCAGACUGAGUUAUGAGACCUGUAUCUUGAUUUUUUUAUUAUUAUUAAUCUUUUGUGGAGUAAAUGGACUUCGCCUGCGUUUUGCGGAUAAUUUUGGAGUAAUUUUUUUCUUUUUCCCACACCCAUUUCGACGCGUUCGUGAGUUAGGUUCCAAAACAUGGACACCGUCCACCAGCGUUCCAUUAUCGGAAUAAACGGCAGGUGGCCACUUGAGAGGAAUUUAACAUCCAGUUCUCGUGCGUAAAAAUCGGUAAUUGCUGCGCCGCACAAGUAGUUGCGAUCGCAAUUGUGCUUCUUUUUCCUUUUUGCGUUCCAUUAUCUGUUUUAUGCUUUUAUUUUUUUUCAAUGGAGUGCGUUCGAUCACAGGUGAAGAGUUGAAAAAAGAGCGGGUUUGUUCUGUUUAUCUUCGAACACGCGGGUGGAUCUGAGCGCGCGGAUUCUCUGGAGCAGCAUCGUGAAUGGCCGAUGGGGAAUCAUGAACAGCUCUUCUGAACUCGAAGAUGGGACCCGGCAUAAAAACCAGACAUUCUGUGAGUGUGUGCCCAGCUCCUCCCAGCUCAAACACCGCUGGUCAGACUCAGAAACUGCCAGAGAGACUCCAGCCAAGAGGAUGAGCUGCAGCUACCUGCUCUGCACCAUCCUGCUGUUCGUAGCCGUUUUGCUGGCUGUCACCGUAACCGGCACCAUCCUUUUGAUGAACCACUACCAGGCUCCACCCAUGUCUGAUGGCCUACCCCACAUCUCCACCAAUCAGGAUGAAGCCAACGCGCUGGUGACAGUGGAAAGAGGCGACGGCUCCCGCAUCAAUAUCUUCAUCGACCCAAACUGUCCUGACUACAACAGUAACUUUUUGCGCCUAGAGGGUGUGCAAACUUCGUUGCUCCACUCGCUAACAGACCAUGACUCUGAUCUGAAGUCGGUGAAGGGCCAGGACCGGGCUUUGCUUGUCAGUUUGGCAGAGGAGGUGGCCAAACUGUCAGCCCAUGCUGGGCAAUUGAAAAUGGACUACGAAUCGCUACGCAGGGGGCAGGGCAGUCUGGGCCAAGACCUGAACACACUGCAAAGUGAGCAGGGGCGCCUCAUACAGCUGCUGUCUGACAGCCAAAUCAACAUGGUGAAGGUUGUGAACUCUGUCAGCGACGCUCUGAACGCCAUGCAGAAAGAAAACGUGGGAUUAAAAGCUCGCGUCAAGGCCGAUUUACAAAGGGCACCAGUCAGAGGGACUCGUUUCAAGGGCUGCUCCAACGGCUCACGUCCUCGUGACUGUGGUGAUCUGUACGCCAGCGGUCAGAGAGAGGAUGGCAUCUACUCUGUGUUUCCUGUCCACCACCCUGCAGGCUUCCAGGUCUACUGUGACAUGACCACAGAUGGAGGAGGCUGGACGGUGAUCCAGCGUCGGGAAGAUGGCUCAGUGAACUUCUUCCGAGGAUGGGACUCGUACCGUGAAGGAUUCGGCAAGAUCACAGGCGAACACUGGCUCGGGUUGAAGCAGAUCCAUGCCCUGUCAAUGCAAGGAAAUUACGAGCUACGUAUCGACUUAGAAGACUUUGAAAAUAGCACAGCUUAUGCCCAGUAUGGUACCUUUGGAGUGGGGCUCUUCUCAGUGGACCCUGAUGAUGAUGGAUACCCUUUGACUGUGGGAGAUUACUCUGGCAAUGCAGGUGACUCUCUGUUGAAGCACAACGGAAUGAAGUUCACUACCAAAGACAGGGAUCAUGACCACUCGGAGAACAACUGUGCCUCCUUUUACCACGGUGCCUGGUGGUACCGCAACUGCCAUACCUCCAACCUGAAUGGUCAGUACUUGCGUGGGCAGCACACCUCCUAUGCCGAUGGCAUCGAGUGGUCCUCCUGGACCGGCUGGCAGUACUCCCUCAAGUUCUCAGAAAUGAAGAUACGCCCAACCCGCGACCUUGAGAGCAAAUGAGAAAUAUGGCGAGAGGGAAAAGCAAAUAUUUUUAAUGAGGAAUACAGUAAACCACAAAUUCAGACAGCUAAGUGGAAUUACUCAUCUUGAUAUUGUUAUUCACAAAAACAUGCCUCUUUGACUUUGUUACUCCUGAUGUCUCUGUUUUUGCUCUCCUUUCUCCAUCGGCUUCCUGUGUUAUCCUGGCUGUCAUUAUCCUCCCUCAGGCCCUUGUCUUUUUUUUUUUUUAAUGGUUGUGUGUGAUCGCCAAAACACCAUACGAGAGCCCGCAGUCAACUGUGCUGGUUUCCCACAGUUUGACAUGUUGGUGUUUCCAUCCCGUACAGUACCACACACCAGUGAUUUCCAUCCGACAUGUCGCUUUGACCUCCCAUCUGGCUCUCGCAAUGUGGUUCAGACUCACUACCCAGUGCUGCAUAAUCUGAAUGACUAUUGCACCAAAUACAACCGGAUGAGACACAACUUCAACAAAAUACAACCAAAUGAUACAAAUCACUUGUUUUCCCCUUUUACAAAAGAAGCCACAGCAACGAGACAGGACAUGGAUCAUUACAUUGUGCUACAGCCUCAAUAUGUGCAAUUAGGACAAAAGUUCGGCAAGCUUUGAUAUCAAGAAACCCUAUACCCAGAGAACGAGAGAGGAAACAAUUGGACGAGGGUUAAAUUAGUGGAAGGAAAGUUGGUGAAGAAAAUCAAAGUGGAAGACAACAGAGAAAUGCAAACGGAUUGGAAGGAAAAUAAGGAAAAGAAUGUGACGAUGGAGGACAACAUUCAUCUGAUUUGGGCCAUUAGGGAGCAUAUUGGGCACUUUGUCUGAUCUGCCUGCCAGCUGAGCACUGGCCAACCGAUGCAGCACUCACAGAUGGAUACCCAGCGUUCCAUGUGUGAGAGGAACAGAUUCUCUAACCAUCAACUUCUUGUCACUGGUUGAGUCACACACCUCAGCCCAUUAGAACAUUGAGGCAGAUUAAAAGUGAUCCACGGUGGAAUACCCUCACUGUCUUCAUCGAAAUGUUGAACAUGACAUAAAGCCAGUGAUGUACAUACAUACGGACAGGAGAGAAAUCUCAACGGCAUUAGAAGAACUUCUUAUCUUAAUUGCAGUGAACCUGUUUGGAAAAGUUUCAAUUAGCCAUCAAACUCCAUCAACCGCACAUCCGCUUUGUAUGGUUUGUCUUUUGCAGGUGCUCAUCAUGGGGUUUUGUGCAACAGUUUUCCACCUAAAACAGAAAAUUUCUGUUUAAAAAACAAAAAAACAAAAAAAAAAAAAAAUCGAUCCAACCUUCUUAAUCAGUCUUUUUCGUCUGAGUACGAAUCUAUUGCGUGUUAUAGCAAAAGAGAAAAAAAAAAGUUAUGAAGAAAAAACAUAAAGGCAACAUGUGCAAUUAAGUCAGUGACUAACAUUUUCAGUUUCAUCUCGUUUGUUUGGAUGUACUGAAAGCUUUAAAAAAAGUGUAGAUUUUAUUGUACAGUGUAUGACUUUUAAAAGCAUGUGAAGCCGUUUUCAUACUAUGCUAAAACACAAAGAGAACUGAAGCACAGACUUUACAAAUCACUGGUUAUACAUAUAUAUAUAUAUUAAAAAAAAGA